CCGGAGGAACUGUGCGCGUUCAGGGCGUAAGGAGCGUGCGGGGGACCGGGUAGGUGGAGUGCGGGCUUCGCCAGCCCAGAAAGGAAACUGCCCGGCAGAGGUGACAGGGGGACCGAGCAUUUCAGAUCUGCUUGGUAGACCUGGUGCAACACCAUGCUGGCUGCAAGGCUUGUGUGUCUCCGGACACUACCUUCUAGGGUUUUGCAUUCAGCUUUCACCAAGGCCUCCCCUGUUGCGAAGAAUUCCAUCGUGAAGAAUUCCAUCACGAAGAAUCAAUGGCUGUUAACACCCAGCAGGGAAUAUGCCACCAAAACAAGAAUUGGGAUCCGGCGUGGGAGAACUGGCCAAGAACUCAAAGAGGCAGCAUUGGAACCAUCAAUGGAAAAAAUAUUUAAAAUUGAUCAGAUGGGAAGAUGGUUUGUUGCUGGAGGAGCUGCUGUUGGUCUUGGAACACUGUGCUACUAUGGCUUGGGAAUGUCUAAUGAGAUUGGAGCUCUUGAAAAGGCUGUAAUUUGGCCUCAGUAUGUGAAGGAUAGAAUUCAUUCCACCUAUAUGUACUUAGCAGGAAGUAUUGGUUUAACAGCUUUGUCUGCCAUGGCACUAAGCAGAACGCCUGUUCUCAUGAACUUUAUGAUGAAAGGCUCUUGGGUGACAAUUGGUGUGACCUUUGCAGCCAUGAUUGGAGCUGGAAUGCUGGUGCAAUCAAUACCAUAUGACCGGAGCCCAGGCCCAAAGCACCUUGCUUGGUUACUACAUUCUGGUGUGAUGGGUGCAGUGGUUGCUCCUCUGACGAUAUUAGGGGGUCCUCUUCUCAUCAGAGCUGCGUGGUACACAGCUGGCAUUGUGGGAGGCCUCUCCACUGUGGCCAUGUGCGCACCCAGUGAAAAGUUUCUGAACAUGGGUGCACCCUUGGGAGUGGGCCUGGGUCUCGUUUUUGUGUCCUCACUUGGAUCUAUGUUUCUUCCACCUACCACUGUGGCUGGUGCCACUCUGUACUCAGUGGCAAUGUAUGGUGGAUUAGUUCUUUUCAGCAUGUUCCUUCUGUAUGAUACCCAGAAAGUAAUCAGGCGCGCAGAAGUAACACCAAUGUAUGGAGUUCAAAAAUAUGAUCCCAUUAACUCGAUGCUGGGAAUCUACAUGGACACAUUAAAUAUAUUUAUGCGAGUUGCAACUAUGCUCGCAACUGGAGGCAACAGAAAGAAAUGAAGUGACUGAGCUUCUGGCUUCUCUACUACAUCAGACAUCUUGCUUGUUUCAUAGGCAGAUAUGCAUUAAAUAGUUUGUACAAGCAACUUUCACUGAAGUUUAGAAGAUAAGAACCUGUCAUUAUGUUUAAAUGUUCCAGUAAUGUGAUGCCUCAGGUCUGCUUUUUCUUCUGGAAAAUAAAUGCAGUAGUCCUCUCCCAAUAAGCACACACAUUUCCAGUUCUCACAUGUGCGUGAUUUUAAAAUGUUUUAAUGAAUGUGAAAACUAAAGUUUGUGUUACGAGAAUGUGUUUUAAAAUUUAAAAAGUGUUUUAAAGUAAUUUAGGGCUUUGAUAAAGGGACCAAAGAGAAGGCAAAAGUCACCUGCAGUCUUUUGAUUUUUAAAUACUUAAGACUUAGCACUUGUGUGAUUGAUGAGUGAAGAGCCAGUGAGAAAAGUCUGUGUAUUUGGAAACAAGUGAUUGUUGUUGUUACAUUGAUCUGCUAAACUUAACAAAACUGCUAAUCCUGAAACAGACACAGUUGAUGCAUUCUCCUGCUAUUGCUUCUUAGUGCUCUUUCCAAUAUAGAUGUGGUCAUGUUUGACCUAUUUUUAGGAAAGCACAGAAUAUUAAUCACACUGAGAAUCCUUGAUGGAAUCAUGUAUGUGUUUUACUUUUGAAUGUUACAAAAGGAAAUAUUCUUAAAAGUAUUCUCAAGAUAAAAUAUUAAAAGCA